UCCAACAUGGCGGAAGAGGAGGUGCAGAAGCUGCAGAAGCACCUGUCCCUGCUUCGCCAGGAGUAUGUCAAAAUGCAGCAGAAGCUGGUAGAGACGGAGAGGAAGUGCUCCAUGCUGGCGGCUCAGGCAUCUAGCUCCGCCUCCUCUCAACCCAGCGACUCCUUCAUCAGUCGCCUGCUGGCCAUCGUUGCCGACUUUUACCGGCAAGAACAGUACAGUGAUCUGAAGGUGAAGGUUGGAGAAGAGUGGCUAAGCGCCCAUAAGUUUGUGCUGGCAGCACGCAGUGAUGUAUGGAGCCUGGCCAACCUGGCUUCAACUUCUGAACUGGACCUAUCAGAGGCAAAGCCGGAGGUUGCCAUGGCGAUGCUGCGCUGGGCUUACACGGACGAGUUAGAGCUGAGCGAAGACGACGCCUUUCUCAUCGACCUUAUGAAGCUGGCCAACCGCUUCCAGCUUCACCUCCUACGAGAGAGAUGUGAGAAAGGAGUAAUGUCUUCAGUUAACGUGAGAAACUGCAUCAGGUUUUACCAAACAGCCGAAGAGCUGGACGCCACCACGCUGAUGAACUACUGCGGUGAAAUCAUCGCCAGCCACUGGGAUGACCUGAGGAAAGAAGACUUUAGCACUAUGAGUGCACAGCUGCUCUAUAAGAUGAUCAAGUCCAAGACAGAGUUUCCACUACACAAAGCCAUUAAAGUGGAGCGGGAGGACGUGGUCUUCCUUUACCUUAUAGAGAUGGAUUCUCAGUUGCCUGGGAAGCUAAAUGAGCUGGACAACAAUGGAGAUCUGGCUCUGGACCUGGCCUUAUCCCGAAAGCUUGAAAGUAUCGCUACCACACUAGUAAAUAACAAAGCAGACGUGGACAUGGUGGAUCAGAGUGGCUGGAGCCUCCUGCACAAAGCUAUUCAGAGAGGAGACGAGUUUGCCGCCACCUUUCUGAUUCGUCACUCGGCACAAGUAAACGCAGCCACCGUGGGGGCAGUGGAGACACCGCUGCAUCUCGUUUGCUCCUUUAGUCCAAAGAAACACAGCUCCGAAGUGAUGAGCGGCAUGGCCCGCAUCGCAGCGGCUCUGCUCAAAACCGGUGCCAACCCCAACAUGCAGAACAGCAGAGGACGAACACCUUUACAUGAAGCAGUCCUUUCUGGAAACGAGCCCGUCUUUAACCAGCUCCUGCAGUGCAAACAGUUGGACAUGGAUUUAAAGGAUCACGAGGGUAACAUGGCUCUGUGGUUGGCCCUUCAGUACAUCACUGUGGCCACCGAUCACUCCGUCAAUCCCUUUCAGGACGACACACCUGUGGUCAACGGCACCUCGUUUGAUGAGAACAGCUUUGCGGCUCGUCUCAUACAAAGGGGCAGUGAUCCUAACGCUCCAGAUGCCACAGGAAACUGUCUCAUGCAGAGAGCAGCACUUGCAGGCAGUGAGGCUGCCGCCAUCUUCCUGGCUACCCACGGGGCAAAGGUCAAUCACAUUAACAAAUGGGGAGAGACUCCUCUGCACACUGCAUGCCGCUGUGGAUUGGCAGCACUAACAGCCGAGCUUCUACAGCAGGGGGCCAAUCCUAAUCUACAGACCCACACUGCCCUCCCUGACGCUGGGGAUCGAAGCCACGGCGUGUCCCUACAGAGUCCUCUGCACAUGGCCAUCGUCCACAACCAUUCAGACGUAGUGUCUGUGAUACUGGAGCAGAAAGCCAAUGCUCUGCAUGCCACCAACAACCUACAAAUCAUCCCAGAUUUCAGCCUUAAAGACUCCCUGGACCAGACUGUGCUUGGACUUGCUCUCUGGACAGGUAUGCACACCAUCGCAGCACAGCUCUUGGGUUCAGGAGCAGCCAUUAAUGACACAAUGUCUGAUGGCCAGACUCUCCUCCACAUGGCCAUCAAGCGACAGGACAGCAAAAGUGCACUCUUCCUGCUGGAGCAUCAGGCAGAUAUUAAUGUCAGGACGCAGGAAGGUCAGACAGCCCUGCAACUGGCCAUCAGUAACCAGCUCCCACUGGUGGUAGAUGCCAUCUGCACACGUGGAGCUGACAUGUCUGUGGUAGAUGAGAAGGGGGAUCCUCCACUGUGGCUAGCCUUGGAGAAUGGCCUGGAGGACAUCGCCUCAACACUGGUCAGGCAUGGCUGUGAUGCGACGUGCUGGAGUCCAGGGCCAGGAGGCUGCCAGCAGACGCUGCUGCACAGAGCCAUUGAUGAGAACAACGAGGUCUCAGCCUGCUUUCUCAUACGCAGUGGCUGUGAUGUAAACAGUCAAAGAAGACCCGGUCCUAAUGGGGAAGGAGAUGAGGAGGCCCGGGAUGGUCAGAGCCCUCUUCACCUGGCUUCCUGCUGGGGCCUCGAGGAAGUGGUGCAAUGCCUGCUGGAGUUUGGAGCCAACGUCAAUGCACAGGAUGCUGAGGGGCGGGCUCCAGUCCAUCUGGCCAUCAGCAGUCAGCACAGCGUGAUCAUCCAGCUGCUCAUCUCUCACCCAGAUAUACGACUGAACCUAAGAGACAGGCAGAGCACGACGCCGUUCGCCUGUGCCAUGACACACAAAAACAACAAAGCAGCAGAGGCCAUUCUGAAGCGAGAGCCUGGAGCUGCCGAGCAGGUGGACAACAAAGGACGGAAUUUCCUCCACAUAGCUGUGCAGAACUCGGACAUCGAGAGUGUGCUCUUCCUGAUCAGCGUGCAAGCAAAUGUCAACUCCAGAGUCCAGGACGCUGCCAAACUGACACCGCUGCACCUCGCUGUGCAAGCCGGCUCUGAGAUCAUCGUCCGUAACCUGCUCCUAGCAGGCGCCAAAGUGAACGAGCUGACCAAACAUCGUCAGACAGCUUUACACCUGGCAGCACAGCAAGAUCUGGCCACUAUUUGCUCUGUCCUGAUCGAAAACGGCAUUGACUUCACCGCAGUUGAUGAGAACGGCAACAACGCCCUACACUUAGCUGUGAUGCAGGGUCGUCUAAAUAACGUCCGGGCGCUUCUCACCGAGUCAAACAUCGAUGCAGAGACCUACAAUCUCAGAGGCCAGUCUCCAAUGCAUGUCCUUGGACACUAUGGGAAAGAAAAUGCUGCAGCGAUCUUUGAACUCUUCUUGGAAUGCAUGCCAGAGUAUCCUUUGGAUAAACCAGACAAUGAAGGAAACACAGUUCUUCUGCUGGCGUACACGAAAGGAAAUGCUAAUCUUUGUCGGGCCAUCGUGAGGGCUGGAGCUCGUCUGGGCGUCAACAAUAAUCAGGGCGUAAACAUCUUCAACUAUCAAGUGGCCACCAAGCAGCUUCUCUUCCGCCUACUUGAUAUGCUUUCCAAAGAGCCCCCAUGGUGCGAUGGCUCCAACUGCUACGAGUGUGCUGCCAAGUUCGGAGUCACUACAAGAAAACAUCACUGCCGUCACUGUGGUCGCCUGCUUUGCCACAAGUGCUCCAUUAAGGAGAUUCCCAUUAUCAAAUUCGACCUGAACAAACCGGUUCGCGUGUGCGAUAUCUGCUUCGACGUGCUAACCCUAGGUGGAGUAUCCUAACACAGCACCGGGCGGGGCUGAUCAGCAACGAACACACUAAACUGCACACAGUGGCUAAAAACCUAGUGAGGAAAAGAAAAGAAAGAACGGACAAAAUGUUGGACAGUCUGAGUCAGUCUGAUCAAAACGACAAUAAAAAUGGAUGCAUUUACUAGUUCCUACAGCAAAGGAUCAAAUCAAGUAGUGGAAUGCUAUUGAAGUGGUAUUUGUAGAUCUAGUGGGUUUUGUAGGCUGAUUACGGGGGUAGCAGCAUGGGAAACGACCUGUAGAAGAUACACUAUAUGGACAAAGGUAUUGGGACAUCCUUUUAAUUUUUGUUUCAGCCACAAAUUAGGUGGCUCGGUGGGCACUCUCGCUUCGAAGCAAGAAGGUCCUGGGUUCGAUUCCCAGGUGGAACGUCUGGGUCCUUUCUGUCUGGGGUUUGCAUGUUCUCCCCAUGUCUGUGUGGGUUUCCUCCCACAACCAAAGACAUGCGGUGAGGUGAAUUGGAGAUACUAAAUUGUCCAUGACUGUGUUUGACAUUAAACUUGAACUGAUGAAUCUUGUGUAACCAGUAACUACCUGUUCAGUCAUGAGUGUAACCAAAGUGUGUAAAACAUGACAUUAAAAUCCUAAUAAAUAAAUAAAUUAAGCUUCACUGAACAACUUUGGAAUGAACUGGAACAUCAACUGAUGAUCAACAUCAGUGACCAGCCAUACAAAUGCUCUUUUGACUGAAUGGCACAAAUUCCAACAGACAUACUUGUGAGAAGCUUUCUCUGAAGAGUGUCUGAUCACAUAGGGAUAAAAUAGGAUACCCAAAAAGCUCACACUCAGGUGUCCAAAUACUUUUAGCCAUAUAGUGUAUUUGCAAAAAAUGAUGAAAUGUCAGUUAGGUCCGUCUUAAACAAGCAUUAGUCGUGUUGUAAAAGAUCGUUACUGAAUAUGAAUUAUUAAGGAAGAUGAAUAAAAUAUCCACUAGUAAGAGCAUAUGGAAUUCUACAGGAAAAAUGAUUCAUUCUUUGAUUCGUGUGAUUCCACUUAGAUAAAACGCUUAUUUCUUUACACUAGGCAAUGAAUAUAUUGGUUAAAUAUGUAUAUGGUCAAUACCUUUUAAUAUUCAAGCUAAUUAUUUUGUGUGCAUGUUUUUACGCAUCACUCUGAUGAGCACAAAAAUACAACUGUUAACUUUUUGACUUACUGUAUAGCGUCUUUACGCUCAGUUUGUUUUUUUACAGCAGCUAUAUGUUUGCUGUUGUAGAAAUCAUGUAGAAAUCAUCUUUUUGUAUCUUGGCACACACAGCUGAGUGAAUAGGCGUAAAAGACAAGCCGUUCUAAUCCUCUACUGGCAGAUGGCACCAGAUCAGUCAAAAGAAUGUGGCUGUGUUCAGAAUAACAGCAUAUUAUUCCUGUAUUAGAAUGCAAAAUCAAAUACAAUAUGCUCAUAUGACUACCAAGUAAAGUGCAUUAUGGGAUCAGUAGUUCAUUCCUUGAAAAAUACUCCUCACACUUGUGCAGAUGUCAGCCAGAUAAGUUUGGAUCUUAGAUUGUAUAUGUACUCAAAUAAUCUGCACUACUUGAUUCCUUUUUUUAGAGAACUGAGGACAGUGGUAGCUCAGUGGUUAAGUUACUAGGCAAGUCCCAAAAAGGUUGUUUGUUCAAGUCCCAACACAAUCAAGUUGUUGCACCCCUUCAGUUGCUUGCACUGUAUUUGGACUUGCUGCGGUGGGUGGAGUUUGCACGGUCAGUACUGUAUUGCAUUUGAACACAGCCUUUCUGUCGCCAUCUGCCGGUGAAGCGGUGGAAUUGCACGUCUGACAUAAAAUUCUGCUAGAUUCCAAAUGAAACCAUGUUUUUUUCACAGCAGAUUUCUUAUUAUCUGGUACAUUAUCACACUAUUACAAACCCAAAUGCUCUUACUAGUGGAUCACUUGAGUGGUCCAGAGGGUUUAUGCCUUAAUCAUGUUUGCCUGGUGAUCAUUUUUACAGUCUUGUGCUAAAGUCUGGACAUCACUGGUCAAGUUACAUGUGCACAUUUAAAUGCACAAUUUAACAGUGCAUUAAAAUAAACAUGACAUUCAAUACAUGCAAAAGUUGUGGUAUUUGUAUAUGUAUUUUCCACAAUGUGAGCAAUUGACCAUGAAAAAUAAGUUAGCACGGUUUGUACUGUAUAGUAUUUGAAUAGUCGUUCUGUCGCCAUCUGUCUGUAGAACUGUGGAAUUGCACGUCUGACCAAUAAAAAUCACAGUUCAGUACUCAUAUGUGCCAACUUAUAACUGUACCAGGGGUGUCAAAACUUUACACAAGACUGUAUUUUUAGUCUAGAACAAGAACAUUCUAAACACUUUCCAGCACCUGGUCAUGUUCUUCUGAGGAAUUUAUUGUCCUGGAUUUGAUCAGUGUGAUAAAACGUCACCAUAUUUCAGUACAGAACAUGAAUUUAUAAAUUAUUUCAUCCUGAUUGUUCCAUGGGUUCAUCCCACUAUAUUUAGCAUAUACCAUAUUUAUGAAACAUUUGUGAAAUGUCACUCUUCAACCCAAGUAAAAAGCAAAAAACUUUCAUGUGAAGCCAGAAAUGGACCUGGUUAAACUUGUAAACAGAGCUUUUAGGUGUAGAGUUAUGAUCAACUGCCUUCUAUGCAUAUGCACAUGUAUAAUUUUAUCACACUCAUAAUCAUGAUUUAUUCACGUCAGAUCACCAAAGGAUACAUUCCAUAUAACUAACCAACUAGAUUUUGGUGAAUCAUGCUCGUUUGUGUAUUAUUAUUAUUAUUUUUAAUCUUCAGAUCUGCCUGAUGUUUUAAACUUCUCUCCUUCUUGAUGCUAAGCUGCACUUUAUCGUAUUAAAUUUUUUUACAACAUUGAUUGUCCAAAAGAAAGGUGAUGCUCAUGGUUGGAGACACCGCAGUCUGUUCUAGGUAAUGUUUAAUUGUACAGCUUCUUGUAUGAUAUUUUUGACCACUACAACAGUUUUGUACUAAACGCAGGUUGUGCUUUUUGUCAGUGUGACAAACCUUGCCUCUGUUGGAUCUCUUAUGCACAAUGUAUCGUAUCUGUAUGCUCAGAUAUCUAGCCUGUCAUUUCCUCUAGUAUCCUUUUCAAGAAAGGGAAGACAAAUUUACAUUAAGGUCAUCAGACAAUUAAAAAAAUUGAUUAAAACA